AAUGGGUUUUCUUUAUGGAUUUCUGCAGUUUCUGAUAGCAUGAUCAGCUAGGCAUUUUAUCGAACAGGUAAUAUGCAUACAAAACAAAGCGCCAAAACACAUAUGAAACGGUCAUCUUCUAAUAAGAUCAGCUCCAUUUCAACCUCAAUUACUACUUACAACAAACCCAAUUCAUAAAAUUACUGAAACACAAAUCUUGUUGAAUAUAUAGAGAAAGAAACAACAAAUUAACAAUAAAAAGAAAAGGGUUUUCAGUUGGUGUUGAGCGUUGAAGCAUCUCAAAUUCAACUUUACCUCCUUCGCCAAUUCAGCUCUUCCUCGAGCUUACGGCAUCUUCUCCGCCAAUCAUUCAGCACUCUUGUUUUUGUUGGGCAAUGCAAAAAGCCCACCCAAAAAUGCGGGCCGGCCCGCUAUAAAUUUUCAUAUUUACUUGGCCCGAGUUGCUGUUCCUGUUUUCCACCACUCCAAUCGGCUCUCCUCCAUUGAAACACUAGCGCCGACCCUCCCUUCACUCUUCCACCCAUCGCGCCGCCGCCGCCGCCGUUUCCAUCGUCCCUCUCCACCGCCGUGAUACCCAUCGCGCCGCCGCCGCCGCCGUUUCCAUCGAUGAAAUUGAAAUUGGCUCUGUAUCUGGAGGACGAGGAGAUUCCGUACUCCGAAGACUCUUCUGUAUGGUCGGCGCCGCCGGUGGUGGUCUUCCCAUGUGAUGAUUCUGAAGAUGGUGGUGUAACUCUUGGGAUGCAAUGCCACCAACUGAUGGAUAAAGCCGGAUUAGCUGAAGGUGCGGUCUAUGAGCUAACAAAUGAGCUUCGACUUAGUAUCACGGAUGCAGUGAGAUCCAAAAUCUCAUCUUUGGAGAUCGAGCUGCUGAAUGAAAAUGAACAAUUUUGCUCAGUGACAACUGAAAUUGAGAAAUACACAGAACUACAGCAGGAGAGGGAGACAAAAUUAGACUUGCAGUAUCAACGCACAAUUGCACAAGCCCUGGAUAAUUACUUGGGAUCUGUACAGAGGGAUUAUGAGUACAUUUCCCAAGUAGAAGAAAGAAGAAUUAGAGAUGAUAUUGCUCAAAGAAAAGAAAAGGCAAUCCAGGAAGAAAAGAUACGGCAAGAUAGGAUCAAAGCACAAGAGGAGGCCAAACUAAAAUUUGAAAUGGCUGAGAUAGCUAAAGUAGGGGCUCUAGAGGCUGAGAAGAAAGCUGCUGAAGAGGCUGCAGCCAAACUCGCUUCUGAAAGCUUAGACACUGCUCCUAAUGCAGGGAAAGAUUCCAAGGAAGCCCCCAGGCCCUCAGUAAGAAACAUAAUUAGAGCUUCAGAAAAUGCUCUUGAAUUGGAAAAGAGGAGGCAGCAAAUUUAUGAAGAAUUGUCUACAAAAAACAAGGCCCUAAAUCAGGAUUAUCACAGCCUUGGAAAACUUAUAGGCAGACUAAUUAGAACAAUCUCAGCUACCAUGGAAAAUAUCUGGACAAGGGCAGAAGAAAUAGUGAAGCUGAUUAAUAGUCCACAAUAUCCGCAGUCCAUCAGUAUAAAAUUAUUUGCAGAAAAGAUUGUCUCCAACUGCACAAAUCAAAGGAGCUCUAAUGCCAUAUUCGCCGCCAGUCGUGUUGUUGUUAUUGUGACAUCUAAGAUCCCAUUAGCCAUGGAUAUUGUCAUUGCUGAGUUGAACAGAGCUUGCACCUACACAGUUCCAAAGCACAUAAGUUACUCAGAGGAAGCAUUCAGAACCAAAGAUGAUUACUUCAAAGCUAUUGGUUACAUGGAAGUAGAUGGCAAGAUUGAGGGCCUCGAUGAGUAUGUAGAAAGGUUGAGCUCUUAUAUGAAACUAUACGGAGCUCUAGUGCAGGCUGAAGUUGGAGGCUUCCACAACCUGCAUGGAACCAAGGAAGGUUGGGCAUGGCUUGCAAGAUUCUUGAACACGAUUCCCGCGAAUCUGUUUACUGCAGUUGCCCUGGAUUCCUUUCUGGGUAUGGCUGGAUACGGAAUGUACUGUCGAUACAAAAAUCAAUUUGAGAAGCUGCUGAGCACCAUUGCCCGCGACUAUCUGAGUGCGUUACAAGAAGGUGGUGGAGAGUCGAGGAGCGCCAAGGUCAGCAAGGUGAAGAUGUCGAUUCGAAAUUAUAUCGAGUCGAAGCAGUACAUGAAAGAACCUGAAGGAUUGCAAUUGAGAAGCCAUCUAGACUCACAUGUCCAUUGUUGAUGCUUUGGUUGUUUGCUGAUCAUCCAUUUAUGUAUAUAUGCAGUUUUUCUGCCUAAUUGGUUUGGUCACCCUAUAGAGCUUGUUUAUGUUAUCUCAGGAAAAUUAGGCAUAUAUUAGAGUUUUAGCCAAUUUUGUAUCACCCAUUGCCCGCGGCUUCUCUACUAGUAUAAUUUAUCGUGUAAUUUUUUUUU